AUGAACAUACUGAAAUCAUCAAAAAGAACCCUGUCCCAUUAUACAACACACCUGAGCGUUUCAAAUAUCGGCCAUCAAAACCACAAGACUUUGGUGAUGGUGGAGCUUUCCCCGAGAUACACUAUGCACAGUUCCCUCUUGAUCUUGCAAAACGAAAACGCUUCAAAGAUUGUUCAUUCACAGCACAAAGAUCUUGUACCCAAGAUUCUAAAGGAUGAAGAAGAUGAAGAAGAUGAAGAGGAAGUGGAGAAGCAGAAAAAGAUUGAAGAAACAACCCUUCAAACAAAAGCAGCUCUCGAAAAGAUUGUGAAUGUAAGACUAAGUGCAGCACAACCCAAAAACGUUACCACACAAUCUCAAGAUUCAAAGUUCAUCAAAUACAAACCCUCACAACAAUCAUCCGCAUUUAACUCAGGGGCAAAAGAAAGAAUCAUUAGAAUGGUGGAAAUGCCAGUUGACCCAUUAGACCCACCAAAGUUCAAACACAAAAGAGUCCCAAAAGCUAACGGAUCGCCACCUGUCCCUGUCAUGCACUCCCCUCCUAGACCUGUAACAGUAAAAGACCAACAAGAUUGGAAAAUCCCUCCGUGUAUUUCAAACUGGAAGAAUCCAAAAGGGUACACAAUUCCACUUGAUAAACGUUUAGCAGCAGAUGGAAGAGGGCUUCAAGAGGUACAAAUCAACGAUAAUUUUGCCAAACUUUCAGAAGCUUUAUAUGUAGCUGAACAAAAAGCAAGAGAAGCUGUCUCCAUGAGGUCAAAAGUCCAAAAGGAAAUGAUGAUGAAAGAAAAAGAAAGAAAAGAACAAGAACUCCGCGCAUUAGCUCAAAAAGCAAGAUCCGAAAGAACCGGGACCGCAACCGGACCACCUCCCGCCGCCCCACCGCCGCCAUCCUCCGGGAAGACCAUGAUGGAUGUUGACGAGAGAGAACCAAGAGAAACAAGAGAGACAAGGGAGGAGAGAGAGGAGAGGAUUCAGAGAGAGAAGAUUCGGGAAGAGAGGAGGAGAGAGAGGGAGAGAGAAAGACGAUUGGAAGCGAAAGAUGCAGCCAUGGGGAAAAAGAGUAAGAUAACACGAGACAGAGACCGUGACAUCAGCGAGAAGGUGGCGCUUGGGAUGGCGUCGGGAGGGGCGGCGCGUGGUGGUGAAGUGAUGUAUGAUCAGCGGUUGUUUAAUCAAGAGAAAGGGAUGGAUUCAGGGUUUGGGACAGAGGAUCAAUACAAUGUUUAUGACAAAGGAUUGUUUACAGCUCAGCCUACUCUCUCCACCUUAUACCGCCCUAAGAAGGAUGCUGAUGGUGAGAUGUAUGGUGGGGCGGAUGAACAGAUUGAGAAGAUUAGGAAAACGGAUCGAUUUAAACCGGAUAAAGGGUUCACGGGUGCCAACGAGAAAGCGGGUCCCAGGGAUAGACCCGUGGAGUUUGAAAAAGAAGUUGCUGAAGAAGCGGAUCCAUUUGGUUUGGAUCAGUUUUUGACCCAAGGUAUGAAGGUUCUGGAAGGAGUCGAAUUGGGUUUGAAAGAGGACGAUAGAGAGAGUAAGCUUGAAAAGAUGACUACCCUUGUUCUACAAAAUAAUCAGUAG